AUGUCGAUACAAGACCAUCUCCAGUCGUUCCUGUCUGCAGCGUCCAGCUCACAGCGCACGCUCGAUGUCGACCAGCAGCUCAUACGAUCGCUGCAAGGCGACCUCGACUCGCUCCUCCGCACCACCAACGACAGCUCGAGCUCGCACAGGCUGAAGGAUACCUCUCGCACACACACAAACAACGCUGCCAAAGACGUCUGGUCCCAAUUUCAGCGCACAGUCUCCCUCGAACACGCCGUCGAACAAGCAGGCCAAGAUGCGAUCGACCACUAUUAUCACGAAAUGGAAAGCUCGGAGCCUGACAUCGCGGACUACCAUUCUUCUCAAAGCUCGUCAACUGCUGUUGUCGGCUUUCAAGAUCAUCUUGCUCACCUCGCAGCUGUCGAUGCCCAACUCGCAGAAAGCCUGCGUCAGACCGUCCUGGCUGCCCUUUCAUCCCCUAGAUCAGGCGACGACAUCUCUGCUGAGCUAGCUGAGGCCAUCGGAUUCGAGCAUCUUGAUCUAGUAGGAAGCAUCGUAAGCGAUCGUCAAAGCGUGCUAGCCGCUCUCCAACACGGUUUGACUGCAUCCAUACAAUCGAAUGGCACUACCAUGGAACAUCCGCACCGCGAGCAAGCCGCAAUUGCACUUCCGCUUCACCAACAGCAGCAGCAUGGCCCACCCCACGACGCCUUCCACCGCGGAAUCAGACCUCAUAUUCCUGGCUCGCAGGUCGUUGUGCAGACGCAAGAGGAACGACAGCAAGCGCGACGAGUCAGAAAUGACAUCCGCAAAGCCAAUCGCCAGCGCGCCGUCGAUCCCAGUGAAGCCUUCCGCACCUAUACGCCCGAGGAGCUCGAACGCAUUCGCGAAGAUAGCCUCGCGGCGGCGGCCAACCGGCCCCUCUUCACGGGGACCGCCACGGGAUCCGAGCCGGAACGCUACCCGCACGUCUUUUCUUCCGGAGCGCAGGGCAAUGUUCUCUCGGUCUUUGGACAACGGUUUGCGCUGCCUCUGGGAACCACCCGCGAAGAGAAACAAUUUUUCGAAGAGGUCACCAUUCCCCCUCCGCGAACUGUACCCAUGCGCACCGAAGAACGAUACAUCCCCAUCCCGGAGAUGGACCCCAUUUGCCGCGGCGCUUUCCCCGGCUACAAGAGCCUCAAUCGACUUCAGAGCGCCGUCUAUCCGCUUGCUUACAAGACCAACGAAAAUCUGCUCAUAUGUGCGCCCACAGGUGCCGGUAAGACCGACGUGGCCAUGCUGACGGUCAUGCGUGCUAUCAGCCAGUAUGCUCGAAACCUCGAACCCACGGCUGGCAGUGCUGCGGAAGGCUUCGACAUCCAGAAAAACGACUUCAAGAUCAUCUACGUCGCUCCCAUGAAGGCGCUCGCCGCCGAAGUUGUGCGCAAGUUCAGCAAGCGCUUGCAGCACCUCGGCAUAAAGGUUAGGGAGCUUACAGGUGAUAUGCAGAUGACGCGCCAAGAGAUCGCUGAAACACAGAUGAUCGUCACUACACCCGAAAAGUGGGAUGUCGUGACGCGAAAGCCGACGGGUGAAGGCGAACUUGCUACCAAAGUGAGGCUGCUCAUCAUCGACGAGGUUCAUCUGCUUCACGAUCAGCGUGGUUCUGUCAUCGAAACCAUCGUUGCUCGUACGCUGCGUUUGGUUGAGUCGAGUCAAUCGCUUAUUCGCAUUGUCGGACUUUCAGCCACGCUGCCCAACUACGUCGACGUUGCCGACUUUCUUCGUGUCAACCGCUGGCAAGGGCUCUUCUACUUUGACUCGUCCUUCCGACCCGUGCCGCUCGAGCAGCAUUUCCUCGGUGUAAAGGGCAAGGCGGGCUCGCAGCAGUCUCGAGCCAAUCUUGACAAGGCGUGCUUCGAAAAGGUCUCGGAGCUUGUUCAAGCCGGUCACCAGGUCAUGGUUUUCGUGCAUGCACGCAAAGAGACGGUCAAGACGUCACAGACGCUGCGAGAAAUGUUUCGCGAAGAAGCCAUGGGGGAUGUGGUGCUGGCGGCCGCGGAUGAAAACCCGCGCAAGGCCUUCUUCAAGAAGGAGCUGCAGUCGAGCCGCAAUCGUGAGAUGAAGGAGCUCUUCGAUUCCGGGUUCGGCAUCCACCAUGCUGGUAUGCUGCGCAGCGAUCGUACGCUGAGCGAGCGCAUGUUCGAGGCGGGUGUCACCCGCGUGCUCUGCUGCACUGCCACACUGGCUUGGGGUGUCAAUCUGCCCGCCUACGCCGUCGUGAUCAAAGGCACGGAUGUCUACGACUCAUCGGCGGGUAAGUUCAUCGACCUCUCAAUUCUCGACGUGCUGCAGAUUUUUGGUCGUGCUGGUCGUCCGCAGUACGAAGACCUCGGUGUGGGCUACAUUCUCACAUCGCAGGAACGCCUCUCGCACUACGUGGAUGCCAUCACUUCACAGCAUCCCAUCGAAUCGAAAUUCAUCGGUGGACUCAUCGACUCGCUCAACGCCGAAAUCUCGCUGGGCACCGUCGCCAGCAUUCGAGAUGGCGUGUCGUGGCUCGGAUACACAUUUUUGUUUACGCGCAUGAAGCGCACCCCGCUCACCUACGGCAUGACCUACGACGAGGUGGCUGACGAUCCGCACUUGGGCGCUAAACGUCAGCAGCUCAUCCACUUCGGCGUCAAAAAGCUCGUCGAGGCCAAGAUGGUGGAGCACGAUGCCGUCACCGAGCGUCUCACGGUGACGGACCUGGGCCGGAUUGCAGCCAAGUACUACAUUGGCUACCGCACCAUCGAGACGUUCAACGAGCGCAUGCGCAGCAACAUGAGCGAGGCUGACGUUUUGGGUCUGCUCAGCCAGGCUGCCGAUUUCGAACAGAUCGUGCCGCGCGAUGCUGAGGAGAAGGAGCUCAAAAAGAUGCUCGAAGCAGCGCCGUGCGAGGUUUCUGGAGGCAUCGAGACGUCGCCGGGCAAGGUCAAUAUCCUUUUGCAGGCCUACAUCUCCCGAACUUUCAUCGAAGACUUUGCGCUCGUUUCGGACUCGGCGUACGUGGCGCAGAAUGCUGGACGAAUCAUCCGCUCUCUACUCGAGAUUGCACUCAGUCGUAGAUGGGCCCGCACGACAUCGGCUCUGAUCUCGAUGAGCAAAGCCAUCGAGAAGCGAAUGUGGCCGUUUGACCACCCGCUUCAACAGUCGCAUCUCAAUCCCGACACGCUCUAUGCUGUCACGGAGCGCGCCGACGACGUCGAGAUUGAGCAACUCGCCGAUUUGUCGGCCGCCGAGAUUGCCAAGCUCGUCCGAGUCAACGCCAGGAUGGGCAGCGCAAUUCGACAGGCAGCUCGCAGCUUCCCUCGUCUUUCGACGUCCGCAUCGCUGCGUCCGCUCAGCCACGACCUGCUGCGCAUCGAUGUACGGGUCGAUCGCACCUUCGAAUGGAGCGAAAGAGAUCUUGGACGCUUGCACGGCUUCUAUAUUUGGGUCGAAGACGAACAAGGGUCCGAGAUCCUCCAAUGGGUCACGCACCUCACACGAGUCACAGACUCGCCAACUUCGAGCGUUACAUUCACCAUUCCUCUGUCAGACAUGCUGCCGUCGGGCUUGACGCUGAGGUGGAUGUCGGACACGUGGCUGGGAAGUGAAGGGAGCGAGUGGGUGGCCUUUGAUGACCUUAUUGUGCCGGAAAAGCCACCCCCUCACGAUUCUCUGCUUGAUCUGCCGCUGCUCCCCGUAAGAUCCGCGCUCCAGGACGAGCUGCUCUGCGAGAUGUACGCACAAAAGUUCAGCGCCUUCAACGCACUGCAAACACAGAGCUUCCACACGCUCAUGCACACAUCGGCCAACACGCUGCUGUGUGGCCCAACGGCAUCGGGCAAAUCGACUGUCGCUGCCAUGGCAAUCUGGCGAGCAUUGCAGCUCGGCGAGAAAGGGUGCAUCGUUCUGGUCUACAGCAGGCGUGACAUGCUGACUUCUGCGCUCAAGAGCACAAUGUCCACAGCACUCAGGCAGAAGGGCAUUGAGGUGAAGCGCAGCUUGUUGUCCAAGGAAGUACUGCCAUUUGUGCGAAAUGACGGACUCGGAGCACGCGUGCUGAUCACAACGACCACGUCACUGUUGCGUGCUCUGGAGGUGAGAGGGGAUCUUGUUGCUCAUGUGUCGUUGCUUCUUGCCGAAGACAUGCACUUGCUAGACCCGACGUACGAGCUGAUGCUGGCCAAGUUCAUGUGGUGUUCUGCACGUAGACCCAACCUGGCGCCACGCAUUGUCGCCACCAGCGCCAGCCUCAACGAUGCCAGCUCAUUCGCGCAAUGGAUCGGCGCGGACGAGUUCUCGACGUACAACUUCCAUCCCAAAGACCGGCCCUCGAUUCUGAGCACGAGCUUUCAGGCGUUCGACUUGCCGCACUCGAGCGGUCUGCUCAAAGCUAUGGUCAAGCCGGCAUUCGACAAGAUGAAGGAGAGUCGAGUCAAUGGGCCUGCCAUCGUGGUGGUUCCCUCGAUGUGGCAAUGCUUUACAGCUGCCUCUGAUCUCACCACCAAAGCCGCGGCCGAGAUGGACACGGAUGGCUACCUGGGUCUUCCCUCGGACGAGAUUGAGUCAAUCCUUCCGCACAUCCUCGAUACGUCGCUGCAUGAGGCUCUGGUUCACGGUAUCGGCAUUGUGCACGAACGCACGGCGCCUCAGGACCGAAUCGUGAUCGAGCACCUUUUCGAGCAAGGGCUGGUCAAAGUGUUUGUCACCACACGCGAUUGCCUGUGGAGCACAACGCUGCGAGCGGCACUGGUGGUCGUGAUGAGCACGCAGUAUGUGCGUAUCACCAAAGCGAACAGCAUCGGCUCGUCGGACCGCGAGCUGGUCGACUAUACGCUCGCCGAGCUAGGCCGUGCACAGAGCCUCGCGGUACGAGCGGGCACGGUCUCUGACCCGAAUCCGCCCGGCGAAUGCCUGGUGCUCUGCCAGACCGACAAGGCGGGCAUGCUGGAGAAGAUGCUGCAGACGGGCAUGCCGCUACACUCUUCUCUGCUGCAGGGUGAGCAGCGCGGCGCGCCUCUGCUGCCUACGAUUCUGGGCGAGAUCGCCGAAGGCGUGGUGACGCGCCAGGCACAGGUGAUCGACUUGCUUAGCUGGACGGUGCUGCCUGCGGAGCUGAGACGCAACCCGACGUACUACGACUGUGCGUCGAGCGAUGCUGAUUCCGUAGCGGCGCGACUGACGCAGGUUGGCGACGAGCUGGUGCAGACGCUGCGGGACCUCGGACUCAUCGAAAAGAGGGGCGGCGACAAGGACGGAGAUACUCUGACGGUAACAGAUCUGGGCAAGGCUCUGCAUCUGCAACCGGGAUCGACGCUGUUGCACGUGGUGCGGUGGUUUGCCAACUUGUCGAGCAAGCCCGUUAGUGCAGCCAAGGAGAUGGACACGUUCGCGCCCACACCGCGCGGUGGUAAGGACAAGGAGAAGAUCGAGGAUGCAGCCGAACGAGAGGUGGUGGAGGCAACACUGGGUCAGGUGCCGGUCGAAUGGCGGAGUGCGUUCCGUCUUUCGGCGUCCAAAGCAGCGCACGAGGAUGAAGUGAAGGAAAAAGCAGACGAAGCAGCUGGUGAUGGAGAAGAAGAAGAAGUCGGCGCAGGUGCAGGUGGAAGCCAGGAGAUCACAUGUGGAGUCAAGCACAGGCUGCUGCUGUGUCUCUACUUCGCCAAGCUGGAGCUCCUCACACCCGCCGCGGCCAAAGUGCUCGCCAUGAGCAGGAGAGCUCGGAAGCGGCUUCAGCAAGGACAGGACGACCAAGGACACAGUGUCGAUUCAAAGCAGCAGGAGGCAGAGGAGCAAGCGCACAAAGCAGCGAUUGGCAAGCUGCAGCGAGACCAGGCAGCGGAAGUGCUUACCCUGCUCAGCACGAUCAGCAGCGUUGGGGGUCGAAAUUGA